UUCUCGACUGGGCUCCUCUUCCUCUGUGCGCAAUUGCUUGUGGGGCCGAGUAGGAAACCGGAACAACUUCUAGAACGUUCCUCCCAACAAUAAAGUUGUUUCUCCGUUUUUCCUCCUAUAUGUUUAAUACGACAAGAUCUUUUCUCCUGGAGGAUUAUCUGGCUGCGUAGCAGACAAAUCCACAGCUCCUGUUAACAGUCGCUCGCUGCUCCUCCGUUUCUAAGUCUACUACAGUGGCUGUUUCGUGAAGGUUUCGUGUGAGGCCUGAUAUCGUUGUUGCACAGGGUACUAGAAAUAAUUUCCUAGUCAUGCAAUGGCUGUUGAAGAUCUACCAAAAAAGGACUGGUAUAGCAUUCUGGGUGCAGAACCAUCAGACAGUUUGACAGAAUUGAAAAGGAAAUAUCAAAAGCUAGUAUUAUUGUAUCAUCCAGACAAACAGAGCGCAGAUGUGCCAGCAGGAGAAGUGGAGGUGCGCACGCAGAGGUUCAUCGAAAUUGAUCAAGCAUGGAAAAUUCUAGGGAAUGAAGAGACAAAAAAAGAGUAUGACCUGCAGCGGCGUGAACAUGAACUAACACAAGGAUGGCCAGUGGAUGCUCAGGUUUCACUUGAAGAUAUGGCCUGGAAUCUCAGUAAGAUAUUAGUGACACUGGCUGAUGAUCACUGUUAUUCUCUCACGUGCCGAUGUGGUGGAAAAUACACUAUCUCCAAAAACGAAGGUGAAGAUGUUUCACUAGUAUGCUGCGAUACUUGUUCACUACUUAUAGAGAUUCUUCGAUGACCCAGCAAAGCAUAUGGGGGGACACAAAAGAUGUAUUGAAUUGGACAGCUGAUAGACGAUGUGUCAGUAAAUAUCAUAGCAGAAAAACUUACAAUAAGUGUUAAGAUUAGAACAAAAACGUUUCAAUUCUGUAUUUGAGAUUCGUCUGAAAAUGCUUCAAAUUAUGCUCAGAACGUGUCUUUUAAUUUGAACUGUCCCUAUCCUAGUGUAUGGUAUUUAAAUACUAUGUCUCUUCUACGUACAUGAGUGAGUGCCGCUAUUUAAUGCAGGAGUGGGGAAUUUUUGGCCCUCCAGAUGUUGCUGGGCUACAACUCCUAUCAACCCUAGCAAGUAUAGCCAACAGCCAGGGUCAAAGAUUCCCACAGCUGAUUUAAUGUAAUUCCCAUAUUCUAGUAUCAAGAUUACUUCUUUUGUGAUGAUCCAUGAUGAAACUAUACUUAGAAUACAAAUUUUAAAAGUGGUCUCCUGCAAACCGAGAUGCUGCAGUUUUAAAAUUUAAAUGCAAUUUAAUGUAAUAAGUAGCAGUUAGAUUUACACCCUUCCCAUUUUCAAGAAAUAUAUCUCUUGGGAACUUUUUCUGUGAACCCCAAUUUAUCUAAUUGGAAGACCAGAGAAUACUAAUGGCCCUCUUUUAAGAGGGUUUGCAAAGACAUUCACAAUAGGUUCACUCACUCAUUCCCUGAUUUUGAAGAAUGUUACACAUCUGAAAUGGUAUUCAUCCAUUAUAGAAAAUCUGAUAAUCUUUCUACCACAUGCCAUAUUAGUUCAGCACUGUCCAUCUAAAAUUGUAUAUCUCUUGCAUUUAGAACUGUUACUAAUUCCAAUAUAUGUGGUUAAUCCCAGAACCAAGUUUCGUGGUUCUGAGGGAAAACAAGCAAGCAUGAUAUAUGAACCAUAAUAAAUUAAGGCAUAAUGCUGCAAGACUGUGAGAAAGAUUUAUAUAUGAGAUAAACAGAAAUUGUUAAAUAGCUGCAAUGACAUUUAUUUCUCUACAUUAUCACGGCCCUUAAACCCAUAAGGAAUGUCCCAACUGCAUAAUGUUGUUUGUUUAUAUAAAAGUACAUAACAUUACUAGCUUUUUAAACUUAGUAAAGUCAGCAUAGAUGACUAGCCAUAAUUCACUUAGUCAUUACAAAUUCUGUGACUGUUGGGGCUUGCACGCAGAAAUCCAAAAUCGGUCAGAGGCCAGAGCUGUGAAAAUAAAAUUAACAAAUUACUUAAGACAUAGGAGAAGAUUACAAUCGCUCUAUCUCCUUUUCUCUUAUGCCAUCCCCAUCUCAGCUGAAGUGUUAAAGAAGCAUAAACUGUGAGCACUUACUUUACCAAUACAUAUAUAUAUAGCUUUGGUCAACUUAUAACUGUUGUGAUAAGGGAUAACGUUUCCCCGAUUAAACAUGGUCAUGUAGUACCAGAGGCAAGGGAUCUGAAUUAUAUAUGCAAUCAGUUACAACUUCUAUCUCUCACCAAUCCAACUGACUUUGAGUAACUGAACAUUCUUUAUUACUGAAACGAAUAUCAGAUAUGAUUGGCCUCCAUGACAGAUUAUGUACUAAGGUCACAGGCAUUCUUCUGGAAGCCAGGUACUCAACCUACAACAUUUAGUUGAGGUGUAAGUGUGACAGGAGUCAAAUCAAACAAAGGUAACGAAAAAUGCAGUUUGAAAGUUUACUGACGAACAAGUAACUUGAUGAUCUGGAUGGCCAGUUGCUAAGGAGCUCAAAUAUAAAAAAAAUAUGAGGGCCAGCCCAAGACAUUUUGUUUUCUGGGGCAGAGCAGCAAAUGGGGUCCUCCCCUUCUAAAUAAAGUUAAUAGUACUCAGGGCUGGUCAAGUUAUUUUGGUACCUGAGGCAGAAAACCCCAUAAGUGAUACUUUGGAGUAAAAAUACGAUAGUAAUAUAUUUCCUGAUAAUUUGCUACUUUUUCAUGAUACCAAAGUCAGUUGUCUGGGGCAGCUGACCCACUUUACUUAAAGGUAGGGCCAGCCCUAAACAUCACUAAAGUUUUUCUUAUGGGAGGAUUAAAGGAUUGCCAACAUAACAUACUUUUUAAAAAAAGGAUCCAAUAAAAUUAAAAACCUCUUCACCUAUCUUCUGUUCUUGAUAAUAGAUAGUAAGCCUUUUUAAAGAAUUAUUAAAUAAACAGAAGAACAAACCAUGCUUAGGAAAAAAUAGCAUGGCUUCUGCAAAGAAAAGCUAUGCCUCAUCAACCAUUUAGAAUAUUUUAAAACUGAACAGCAUGUAGUUACUGGUCCAGCAGACAAAAGGGCUUUUUUUUGGGGGGGGAGGGGAAUUGAAGUAUAUUAUAACAAAGUCUUUCAUCAAAGGCUCCUGAGUCAAGUUAACAGAGAGGAAGUAUAGGGACUCUCAUGAAUCAAUAACUGAUACAAAAGAAGUCACGGUUUAGGAAUAAAUGAAAGGAGAAAGCAGUGGGCUCCCUCAAGGAUCUGAAUUAGGAGGGAUGCAAGUUAAGUGCCUGUUGUGGAACUGAAAAGACAUUUCACUUGAACAUGCCAUUUCCCUGUACAUAACAUCAUACACUGUCCUGUAGGGUCCCCUGUCACCUGGGAGCAAUUUUUCAGAAGGAGCUGCAGCAUGAAGAGAUAGGAACAUCCCAUUUUGUGCUUGGUUGUUGGAUCCCAGCCAGUAUCUUGAGCAGGACAGCACAUUUUUCAUAUAUACAGUGUGUUAAGUGACUGGAAAAUAGAAAUGUAACGCCUUUCUAAUACUAUGUUUCCAUAUACCUUCUACAAAAAAGGGCACACAGUCAAAAGAAAGAGAUUUUGUUUGCAGUGUUAUAAAUAGGUUUCAGACUCAGUUGGCUAAUGCUUUAGAUACCUUUAAACACAAUAGUCACUUGAGAUCAUGUUCUCCUGCAACAUUUUAACACCAUGGUCCCCGUGCUUCACUAGAUAAUGAAAAUAUCAUAGUAGUUUAGGGCCCCCAGACUUAUAAAAACCGUUAAAUUAACACAUUUUAGAUUGCAGAAGUAUACCUUAAAGCAAAUGCGUCCUCUUAUCAACCCAUAUGGAACAGGACCGUAACACCUGGAAUCUGUAGAAUUCCUGAGAUUAUCGCCUUCUAACCAAACAUGUCCUUUAGGUACCUGAGAAAGAUCAAAAUUAAAGAACACAUAUAUAGUUGAAAGGAAAUACAAAAAUUUCCCAUUAAUACAAUCUAAUUUUAUCCUUCAGCACACACAUGAAAUAAAUUAAUAAUUUUACACUUCUUUAAAUCUGACAUAGAUAGGAGGAAAAAACCAAAGUAUCUGUUCUUUCAUGUGCUCCAAAAUACUAGUUUGUAACACACACAAGAACUUUCCAAAUGAAGAUGUAAGAGGUGAGGCCAGUGUGACAGGGUCAUUAAUUUAAUAAUUUCAAAAGAGGUCAUUAGGAUGUUGACUGAAAAUCUGCCCUGCUGUCGCAGUAACAGCAUGAACAGGGCAGCCACAUACUCAUCAACAUCCUGGGGCCAGCACUAAGGCUAGACCUGUUAGUAAGCUUGUGAUGAACUAAAUGGUAAUUGAUUGUGACAUCAAUUAUGAAUAAUCUCAUCAUCUUAUCAGAAAGGGCUUGUCAAAGUUCUAAUUAAGAUCGCAGUUCAUCCUAUGUGCAGGCAGGAUCCACAACAUGUAAUACUGCAAUAAUGACCAUCACAAACUGGCAAGUCUCUCCUUUUAAUUUGAAAAUUAAUGAUGGUGACCUUAUCAUAUGACAGAGACCUUGUACUGUCUAUAUGGACUGUGCAUGAACUAUAUUGCAUGCCAUAGGUUCAGCUCUAAAGUGGCUCUGUGAUGUCAGACACAGUAACGCAACUGCAAUAGGAUAGAGAAAACAUUUCAGAAUUGUACAAAUUUAUCCAGCACAUUCAGGACAAAGCUCAAAAUAUAUCACGUAAGGAUUCUGAAACUCAUAUUGGGGGGGGGGGGGACAGCUAAAUAUUUUACGGUUUGGGAAUGACUUAAGAGGUCAUUAAACAUACACAAGCAAAAGGAAAGAAAAACAACAUAAAGGCGGCAGUCCUAAGCACAGUCUCUAGUGAGUAAGCCCCACUGAAGACAGUAACUUUAAGAGAGUAAACUGGCAUAGGACUGCACUGUAAAUAUAUGUAACUAUCACAGCCACCAUGUUCCUCAUGCUUACAGCCAGCAUUUGCAUUGCUUUAAAUCGAGGACCAGCCGGUCAGCGCAUAUAACACCUGUUCUGGCCCGUUUGCACUGGCUACCCAUUUGUUUCCGAGCCAGAUUCAAGGUGCUGGUUUUGACCUAUAAAGCCUUACACGGCGUGGGACCGCAAUAUCUUGUGGAACGCCUCUCCCGCUAUGAACUGACCCGGUCACUUCGCUCAGCAUUUAAGGCCCUCCUCUGGGUACCAACCCAUCGGGAAGCCCGGAGGACAGUUACUCGAUCUAGGGCCUUUUCUGUAGUGGCCCCCGAACUGUGGAACAGCCUCCCCAAAGAAGUACGCCUGGCGCCGACGCUUCUAUCUUUUUGGCACCAGGUUAAGACCUGGCUAUGCUCCCAGGCAUUUUAAGCGUUUAAUGUUAUAACUUUAAAUCUUUUAUUUUUUUGUUUGCUGCUUAUGUUUACUGUUGGUAGUUGAUUUUAUUGUGAUAUUCCGUAUUUUAACCUUUUUGUACACCGCCCAGAGAGCCACUCGCUAUGGGCGGUUUAUAAAUGAAACAAACAAACAAAUAAAUAAAUAAUAAGCUUAUCAAUGCUGUUUAAUCCAUGAAUAGCUACCAAUGUUCCACCACAUAUUUACAGUGCCUUGCAAAAGUAAUCAGACCCCUGACCAAUGCUCUCAUAUUACUGAAUUACAAAUGGUACAUUGUAAUUUCGUUCUGUAUGAUUUUAUUUUGAAACACUGAAAUUCAAAAUCAAUUAUUGUAAG